AUGGUUGAGGAUCAGCAAGUGGAGGAUCUUAUGGUGGUGGUGCUUACCGAAACGGUGAAGGAAGAGGAGCCGCAUGUGGAGGUGGAGCUCAUAGAGGGAGAGGUAUGGUCUUAUGGUGGUGAUGAAAGAGGAAGAGCUGGAGGUGGAGCCGUGGUGGUGGAUCAGAAGGCGGAAGGUAAGUACGAGGUGACGGUGGAGGAGCUAAUGGCGGAAAUACUGUUUAAGAUACAUGCAGGAGUUUCAGAAGCUAUAAUUUCAAGCGUAAAUGAUCCGCCACCGAUCACUUGCCUUUUCCCUCGAUCAACCCUUUAUAACACCUUCAGAUCAUGUAGAAAUCCUCACUCCUUUGAUGUGGACAAUAUCAGAUUUCUUGGAACUUAUGGUAAGAACAUCAAUGACCUUGACAAGUACUCAGAAGCUAAAAGCAAUCUUGAUUUUUUCGAAAGAACACUGAAGUGGAGUCAUCUUGCUCCCACUGCACCUAAUACACUCAGUUGUUAUCCUUUCACCGAUUGUGACCUUUUCAUGAUUGCAACUUGCCCUCAUGUCUUCUUCAUUGGGAGUCAAGAUAAAUAUGACAACCGUUCGGGUCAGAAGAUGAACCUAAGGAAUCUGGAGUGUUACACUCGUAGCUUUGACAUCUAUCUAUACUAA